UAGCAUUUUCUUAGUACUACUAGUACUAGUUUAACUAUAACUAUUUAUGUACUAACUAUUUAUAGCAUUGUUGGAAUAAUUACCAUAUAUAUAUAUAUACUCUUUAUGAGGGUGUAACCGCUACCCGUUGGGCCAAAAAUAAUAAUUUGUUUUGUCUAUCAUUCAUGAUGGGAGUGUAUCAACCUAUUAGAAAAUUAAAAAUAAAGACUCUUAACUUCUUCCAUAGAGAAAGUUAUAAGUUAACCUACAGGGUUUUAAAUACUUAGAGUUGAAAGUUGAGGGGGACAGCAGGAGAAAGCAAAAAAUAGGUAAGUCUACGGUAUAUAAAAAGUGAGUAAUUUGAAAGCGAUGAGAUGUUCUUGUUGCAAACUAAUGAAAGUGAAAAAUAUGAUAAAAUUUAUAGCGGUUAAAUUGAAAAUUUUUAGUCUCCGGGGCUCUUUUACUUCGUAUCACGCUUAGUAAGAGGGUUCACUGCGCUAACUAGCGGUUAUUCCGAAGUCUGAGGCACCACUUGGUAUCAACGAAUGGCCAGAGGCCGUACCAACGCAAAGAGUUAUUUUAGAAAACAGCGAGCUAACUUUGCUUGCUGAAGACUAGGAUCAAUGGCGCGCUUCUUAAAACCUGGGAUCCAACACAAGUCAAGCUUUCCCAUUGACGGACCUUACCGGGGUUGUAAUAACUUACAAAGAGGAUUUUAUAACGUUGCAAAUACUCUAUCUCCUCUCCACGCAAUUGAACAAGUAUUAGAAGAGAAGGACUAUUUCACUGAAGAGCGUCAAUUAGAAGUUUUGAGGUAUACUCAAGGUUUCGCCGCCCCUAUAAAAAUCUGCUUGGAAAGAAAACUUUUUUCUAGACCACUUCGACUUCCCGGCCUCCCUUCCUCUCAAAUUUUACUAGACGUCGCUUUAGGAAACGAUGAAAGUAUAGAUUUUGAAGACUAUCUUGGAGCACCUAGGGAUGCGGAAGAGGUAGAUGAAGUCCAUACUAUGAUGGAAGAACUUCUAAAAAUAAAUUAUAAAUAA